UCCAUAAAACGUGAUGAAAAUAUUGAAAUAAAUUAUAUUUAGUAAAAAGAAAUAACAUUAAACUUCGGUUGUUAAAUAAAAGUUUAUAAAUAAUAAGAUAAUUAUUCUAAUAUUUUGUGAGAUCAUUUAUAAAAGCUUCAUAGCAGUCUGCUUACAAGGUAUAUAGAAUAGUGUACAGUGCAAAAGUCCAGCUGAUAACCGCAAGCCACAGUACAAUGAGUGGUGAAGGUAUCUCUCCUGAGGAAGUGGAAGCCCUGUGUCAAACCCCUCAUCCAGGGACAAAGGACUUCAUUUUCCAACAAACAAUGUACCGCAUCAAAGACCCACGGAAGUCGAUUCCGUUCUACACGGGCGUGCUGGGCAUGACACUGUUGAAUCAGCUACAUUUUCCAGAGAUGAAGUUCUCGUUAUUCUUUAUGGGGUAUGAGAACCCGGCUGAAGUGCCAUCCGACAAGCUGACGAGGAGAAUGUGGGCCAUGACGCGGAAAGGAAGCCUUGAACUGACAUACAAUUGGGGUACAGAAAGUGACGAGUCUAGCUACCACAACGGUAACACAGAUCCGAGAGGCUUUGGGCACAUCGGUAUCCUGGUACCUGAUGUUGAAGCAGCAUGUGCCAGGUUUGAACAGCUAGGAGUGAAAUUCAUCAAGCGACCACAGGAUGGAAAAAUGAAAGGGCUGGCGUUCAUACAGGAUCCAGAUGGAUACUGGAUCGAGAUAUUCGGCUGUAAUGUUGUUUCUUAAACCUCACCGUGUAGGGUAAGGGUACCAAAUGUUGAUUAGUAUGUAUUGUCACGAUCAGAACCUAGGUUUUUAACUCGAAAUCACUA